UCUUCUCCCUCCUCCUCCUCCUCCAUGGCCAAACUCAUCUUCUACGGUGGCACCGUCCGCCUACUCCCCCCUGACCACCUCGCCGGACACAUCCUCUUCGACCACCAUGACCGCAUCAUCUGCCACGCUGGCUCCUUCUUCAUCGGCCGCCCCCUCCCCAUUCUCUCCCUCGAUGAAAAGCUCGUUGCAGGCGAAACCUACUUCGUGCUCCCGCUUGAUCGCUUCCCGUCCACUUCCAAACUCACCACCGCUUCUGUAGCUAUGCUGUCGUCCUCAAAGAACAAGCCAUCGCAGUUUCCAUUUGAGUAUGUGAGGAGUAAAAUUGAUGGGAGGCUGUUGAUUAGGGUUUUGCCGGAGUUCCUUGUCGGGGCCAUUUCUGGAGGGAGUGAGGAUGGUGAUGAUGUUGGCUCAACGUCGCCUGUUUGUACCACGCCGGAGCUUAGGAAGCAUUAUGAGCAGCUGGUUGGGUCAAGAGAGAGGACGCCAUGGUCGCCGAAGCUGGAGACGAUCACAGAGAGGAGGCCGAGGUCAUCGCCUGUUAGGUUGUUAGGGUUGGAGAGGUUGAUGACGGUAGCGGAUGUUUAUUAAUACACCAGAAAGUAUC